AUUUGUCUCUCUGCUUCCACUGUGCUUAGUAUAUUCUUUUUUUAUAUUUCUACCCCUUUUUAUACACAUUAAACCACCUUUUUUUCCUCAUACACCAGAAACAAUGGGUCGUAUUUCAAGGAACAAGCAAGCUGGGCCGUUGCCUCUUGAGAAGGAGAUGGUUACCGGUAAGGUGACCAAGGCUCUGCACGAUCAGCUCAAGCACGAGAAUACCCGCUCUCGCAAGCAAAAGGAAGCCGCACAGAAGCAAAAGAAGGCUACUUCCAGUGGAAGAACCCCCGCUGCCGCCGCCGCCAAACCUGCUGUUGCUGCUGCUGCUGCUGCUCCCGCGUUCAAUGGACGUAACGGUAAGCGCACCAUUGCCGCCGAAAAGCCCUCUGCCGACACGAAGAACAAGCGCACCAAGGUUGCUGUUGUACAAAAGCCCGAGAGUGAGGAGGAGGAAGAGGAGGACAUUGUCAGUGAUGAUGCGCCGGAUUAUACUGCCGAGGGAGCCCCCGAAGACGGAUGGGACAAUGCUCCGUUGGCAAGUGCCUCCGAGAACGAAGACGACUCCAUGGGAGAGUUUGACGAAGACGACGAUGAGGAGGGUGUUAGCCAGAUGCCUCUUUCUCUGCUUGACAGCGAUGAUGAGGAGGACAGCGAUAUGGGCGGCAUCGAGUCCUACGACGAAAUGGAUUCCGACGAGGACCUGGAUGAAGAGGCUGCCGUGACCUUCCGUGACAUGGAGAAGCGCUCGCGUAAGCUUGAUGCCAUGCGCAAAGAGGACGAGGAGAUGGCUGAUAUUGAAGCCACCGCUGCUGAGGACGUGGUCGAGGGCGAGCGCGAAAUCUUCAUGCUGCCGUCGGCCAAGCAGGUCGAGGCCGAAAAGGAAGCGCCGUUGGAUCUGUCCCAGGUGCAGCUGCGUAUCCAGGAGAUUAUCCGCGUGCUGAACAACUUUUCUGAGCUGCGCGCGCCCGAUAGCUCUCGCAACGACUAUAUGGAGCAGCUGCAGCGCGACAUGUGCUUCUACUACGGGUACAACGAGUUCCUCAUGGACAAGCUUCUUCAGCUGUUCACUGUCAGCGAGGCCGUUGAGUUCUUUGAGGCUAAUGAGGUUGCACGCCCUGUGACUAUCCGCACAAACACCCUGAAGACCCGGCGACGUGAUCUUGCCCAGGCACUGAUUAACCGCGGUGUCAACCUUGAUCCCAUCGGUAAGUGGACCAAGGUCGGUCUGACCAUCUUCGACUCGCCCGUGCCUAUCGGUGCCACCCCCGAGUACAUGGCCGGCCACUACAUGAUUCAGGCAGCGUCGUCCUUCCUGCCCGUCAUGUCGUUGGCGCCCCAGGAGAACGAGAAGGUUCUGGAUAUGUCAGCUGCCCCCGGCGGCAAGACCACGUACUGCUCGGCCCUGAUGAAGAACACCGGCCUCGUUGUCGCCAACGAUGCCAACAAGGAGCGUGAGAAGGCCCUGGUUGCCAACAUUCACCGUUUGGGUAUCUCCAACACCAUCGUGUGCAACUACGACGGUCGUGAGUUCCCCAAGGUCAUGGGUGGCUUCGACCGCGUUCUCCUGGAUGCACCCUGCAGUGGCACGGGCGUCAUCUCCAAGGAUGCCUCCGUCAAGGUGAACAAGAGCCAGGACGACAUCAACAUGCUGACCCACCUGCAGAAGGAGCUGAUCCUGUCGGCUAUCGACUCUGCCAACGCUGACUCUGCCACCGGCGGCUACAUUGUUUACUCCACGUGCUCCGUGACCAUCGACGAGGAUGAGGCUGUUGUCAACUACGCCCUGAGCAAGCGCCCUAACGUCAAGCUGGUGUCUACGGGUUUGGAUUUCGGCGCUAAGGGAUUCACUAGCUUCCGCGGCCAGAGCUUCCACUCAUCCUUGAACCUCACUCGCCGGUUCUACCCACAUGCACACAAUAUGGAUGGCUUCUUUGUCGCAAAGUUUAAGAAACUCUCGAACAAGAUCCAGAAUGCCGAGAACCAGUUUGUCGUUCCCACCGGUAGCGGUGCCAAGACAAAGCAGAAGAAGAAGAGCGUCAGCAAGUAGACAUAUCAAACAAGUAAAGGUUUAUGUUUUUAUUUCGUUUUUUUGAAAAGGUUAUUUUAAUUGGCCUCUUUUUUUCCAUUUCGUAUAUUUCUUAUAAAAAAACAUCAUUAAAAAUA